AUGUUACGUAUUAGUCAAAUGGAAAUGUUUCCUGACGAAUAUAAAACACUUAGUUCAAAACAGCCAUUAUCGAAGAAAAAUAGGCUUGUUUCAUUGUCUCCAUUCUUGGAUGAUCGAGGUGUCAUUCGCGUAGGCGGUAGGUUAGACAAUGCUAACUACGACACAAAACAUCCAAUAUUGCUAGAUAGUAAACAUCACAUUACGAAAAUAUUAUUUCGUUGUGAACAUUUUAAGCUUAUGCAUGCAGGACCACAACUUCUUUUAUCACACAUUCGUCAAACUUACUGGCCUUUAGGAGGCAGAAACUUAUCUAAAGGUAUAUUCAGAGAAUGUGUCAAAUGUUUUAGAUUUAGGUCUCAGACGGUGCAACCAGUCAUGGGUCAGCUACCACGCACGAGGACACAGCUUGAAUUUCCGUUUUAUAAUUGUAGUGUAGAUUACGCCGGACCAAUGCUGAUAGCUGACCGUAAAGGCAGAGGUACCAGACUCAUUAAAUCUUAUAUCUGUGUGUUUGUCUGUUUGGCAGUAAAGGCUGUCCAUCUGGAGCUUGUGACGGAUCUCUCCAAAGACGCCUAUCUUGCCGCGUUAAAGAGAUUCGUUGCUCGGCGGGGUAAACCAUACAGUAUCCUCUCUGAUAACGGCACAGCCUUUGUGGGUGUAUUUAAUGAGCUUGCACAAUUUUUAUCUAAUUCAAAUUUAGAAACCCAUCUUGCUCAAGAAGGGAUAAAGUUUAGCUUUAUUCCUCCUUAUAGUCCACACUUCAAUGGUAUAACAGAGGCCGCCGUUAAGUCUACAAAAAGGCAUUUGAAAACCAUUGUUCAGUCUUCUCAUUUAACAUAUGAAGAGAUGAACACAUACUUAGUCCAAAUUGAGGCUAUAUUGAAUUCCCGUCCCCUUGUUGCUCUUUCUUCGUCUCCUGACGACCUUACCGCUCUCACUCCCUCACAUUUCUUAAUUGGACGAUCGCUAAUAUCCGUUUCUCAGCCGCAGGUACACUCCGUCAACAUCCGUCGAUUGGACCGCUACAAAAGAAUUGAGCAUCUACGGCAACACUUUUGGAACCGAUUCAGUCAUGAAUAUGUUGUCAUGUUACAGCAGAGAACCAGAUGGCAUGCGUCCACAGGUGAACUUAAACUGAAUCAGUUAGUUCUGAUCAAAGAGAAGACGCAACCACCACUACAUUGGCUAUUAGGCCGUAUCGUCAAGGUGUUUCCUGGUGCUGACGGCGUCACGAGGGUGGCGGAAAUCAAAACCAAGAAGGGCAACGUCACAAGGGCUUUCAACAACAUAUGUCCUUUACCUAUUGAAGACGAUGUUUCAACCCGGGCAGGAUGUUCGGAAACGUCUGAACGAACAUAAAACCUUAC